AUGGCUUCCUCGCCUGCACCGGGCCAGAAACAUGUUCGUUUUGCUUCGAGAUCAGACCAUGCUCCUUCGGCGCACUACAAGUCAAGCUCAGAUGACUCGACUCGAAGCUCGACAACAGAUCUGAUCGACCUCGGUGAGUAUGACGCAUCGCCACCGUUCAUGCGUAGGUGCGAGUUCCGAGCUGAAAGGUAUGAUGGCAGUCCAGGAAGCGAGGAGAAGUUCCCGUUUCUUCCAGCCUCAGAUUGCGUAUCACCAGGCAUGUCUCCAGACGGCAUCGUCGAAGACUCCGAUGACAAGAAAGGCUUGCUGAUUUUUCCUGUUUCACGAACUGCAUCUCCGGAGCCAACGAUAAGCAGCAAUAUCGACCAGGAACUCCAGCCGGCAUCCCUCGUAGAAACGGAAGACAACGAAGACCAGAUUGACACUCAGGGCGACAGUCACGAAUAUCUGGUGCUGCUUUCUGCAUCGGUGCGCGUGCCGCCUGAUGUAGUCACCAGUAACAUCGAGGAGAAGAUCAGUGGCAAAAUGACUGAAGUGAGCAUUGCCGAGGAACACAGUGGUCAGGAGGACGCAUUGUUCCAGCACUCAGACCAAUCGAGUCGGCCUAUUGGGCAAUCUAAGGUUUUGCCGGGCGACAGCGUUGGAGGCAAUGAUAUCAGCGAACCAAGUGCUACAGAACGAGCUACCUGCCUUGUCCUCGCCACGUGCUCAUCGAGUCGAUCGCCCGUCUACGCGAACGCUGUCGAGAUCCCUACCACCCCUCAGCAGGACGACCUUUCCCACAUCGAGUCGCCUCUACUAGCCGUCGCCGACCCCGUACACAUCAAAGAUGGCGCUGCUAAGGAAAUUCAAAGCAGUGGCUAUGCGCCAGACUUUGCGUACUUCGCACGCAGCUUGCUUGGCCGUCAAGCUGAGGAGGUGGGCAAGCUGAAGAAUGAUAUAAAGAUGGAGGUUGACAUUUCACCCGAGACCACCGUCUAUUUUGUGUUGGAGGAAAGCCAACUGCAGACGCGGAAUGAGGCAGUUGACCCGCUGAAUGCGCUGGACGCAAGAAGCUCGAGCACUUCUUUCACGAACGAAGGGCAAGAGGCCGACGACUCUACAAGUGACGCUGAGGAUAUUGAAAGACGAGCUGAGGGAUUCGAAACCAGACAGACAGCGCAGAAGAAAAUUUGGGUGUCAGCGAACACAUGUAAACAGCCUCUGCCAGGAAAUAAUGCGUCCUCUACAGGCGCGCCUCAGCUCACGCUCUUUGUCUCAACAUCAGCACAGAACCAGAAGCCAGGUCCAAGCUCCACCGAGAAUCUUGUCACGAAUAAGACCGGCAUACCUUUUGACAACGGAUACAUAUCGUUUACAGUUAAUGCCACUUCUGAUGUCUACAUCGGAGUCUCCGCUCCAAAAUUGAACGACAGCUGGUUCGGCAGCUGGCACUUCGAAGUCGCAGCAAGUACCCACGGUUCCUAUCACAGCUACAACAGGACCGAUCCUUUCUUGUUCAUGGUCGACACUGACAGCGAGUCUACGCUCUUCAUUACCUACAACCUCACCGACUCCAACAAAGCGGAGGAUAUUGCAAAGUGGAAUAAAUCGAACCCAUUCAAUAUGUACGCCUUCCCAGCGGGCCGGUCACCAGUCACUGGAAUGGAGAAUUCGUACUGCGCUUUGAAGCAACAGUUCAAUUCGACCAACAACAUCACUGUAGACACGCAAAUCACUACGAAGUUCGGUGCUGGCUUUCCCAAAAGUCAGUUCAAUGUGCACAACUUGAGCAAUGCUCAGACGUACAACGGGUACCUCGUGGUUGAAGGCAACCAGGAAACAGUGGAUCUGCCUGGUGUCGGCAGAGUGCGUGCUGGCGGCAAAGUCUUCCAGCAGUUCAAUUGGAUUACAAAAGCAGACGACUCUUGCCAAGUUCUGACAGAUCUCGCCUUCUGCGAUACCGUUGCGUACGCUGUUCCAUCAUCUCCUGAAUACAAAUUCGACGAUGACAAGCUGAAAGCCCUGUACGAUGGUCAGGCGAAGGAGUACUUCAAAAACUUUUCGAAUUCGCUUGAUCAGAUCGCCUGCGAUGCGCCCUCGACCGCUCAAUAUUCGCUUGCUCGCAAUUGUACAAAUUGUCGAGACGACUACAAAGCAUGGCUGUGCUCUGUUCUGAUUCCAAGAUGUGAGGACUGGACCGCCAGUGAUGACUGGCUCGUCCCACGCAAUAUCAAUGCCGAAUUCUCGAAUGGCACUAUUCCUUUUGCAAAUAACACGAGCGCAGAAUUCAACGCGACUAUGCGUGAUCGUUUCGGAUACAGCAAAAGCCGCAAUCCCAAAAUCGAUGAGGAGAUCAAGCCAGGGCCCUACAAGGAGAUGCUACCUUGCGAGGACCUAUGCUUCGAUAUUGUCAGAAGUUGUCCUGCACAGCUUGGGUUCGCAUGCCCAAACAUGCCUGCAAGGGCCCUACAGUAUGGUAGACGGGAUCCGGGCGCAGAUGUCUUGACGUGCAGCUUUCCUGGAGCUGUGGUCAAGCUGAAUGUUCAAAGCGGGGCGAGUGUUUUCAGCGGCAAGUCGGACAACGUCGCGCUUGUCGCAUUGAUGCUCCUGGCGAUGUUGGUCACUUCAUGGUAA